ACAAGCUGAAAGGAGAGCAAAAUCCAACAAGGUCUGAGGAAGACAUGCAGUUUGUUUCGCCUCAACGUACCGAAUGUGAACCAAACUGUGACCUAAAUGAGGGCGUGUAGCGAAUUAUGAAUUUUUGGGGCACCAUUACACCCCAGAGCGAUGAUACAAGUUUCAGCGUGAUAACUGGCCCACGAAGGACCACCGUGACUUCCUGUGAUGAAAACAAGUUUGACAGCCGCUCUUGUUCAACUGACCAUGCCGCAUGUGACAGACAGGUGAUGCCACACAAUCCCUCGAAGAAAGUGGAAAAAGCCUUGGAGCAGUUUGUUGACAUGACAGCGACUCUUAAUUAAUGAGAUCCAUAGAGGCUGAGCAGCCAUCAUAAAAGACGUGAUGCUCCGGCAACUGUUGACCGCCAGUGUGCAGUGCGCACGUGAAUGGGGCACGAUGAACGGAACACACAUCUUGAUAAGUCUUGGCGGCUAUGUCGACGUGGAUAAGUACAGAUAUGUUUACUUUGUACUCUUGUUGAUGCUCUACGUUCUCAUCCUCUGCUGUAAUUGCACCAUUAUUUGUCUCAUCUGGAUUCACAGGAACCUUCACGAGCCCAUGUAUAUUUUCAUCGCGGCUUUGUCUCUUAACUCGCUUUUGUUCAGCACGGCUAUCUACCCCAAACUGAUUUUGGACGUCUUGUCUCACAGGCAGAGCGUUUCUCACUCCGCUUGUAUGUUGCAGUAUUUAAUAUUUUAUUCACUAGCAGGUUCGGACUUCUUGCUUUUGUCGGCCAUGGCUUUUGACAGGUAUGUGUCCAUCUGCAGGCCUCUGCAUUAUGCAGCCACCAUGAGCACAACCAGUGUCGCCAUCUUCUUGGCUGUGGCCUGGUUUCUACCUGCCUGCCACGUAUUGGUGGCAACUGUCAUCAGUGCAAAGCAAAAAAUGUGCCGCUUUGUAUUAGCGGGAAUCUUUUGCAACAAUUCUAUCCAGAAACUUCACUGUGUGAAACCGAUGUUUCUCACAGUGUGGGGUUUGUUUGUUCUCACAAAUAUUACUCUCAUCCCUGUGCUGUUUAUUCUCUUCACGUACAUAAAGAUAUUCCUGGCGACCUAUCACAGCUGCGGGGAAGUCCGGAAAAAAGCAGCAGAGACGUGUUUACCCCACCUGAUGGUUUUAAUCAGCUUCUCGUGUUUGUGUGGUUUUGACGUCAUCAUCGCACGACUGGAGUCGGAUCUUUCAAAAACUGUGCGGCUUAUUAUGAGUCUUCAAAUCGUGGUGUACAAUCCUUUGUUCAAUCCGAUCAUAUAUGGGGUGAAGAUGAAAGAAAUCUGGAAAUUUUUCAACAAAGCUUUUAUUGGGGAAAAAAGUAUUCAAGAGUUCCAACAGCUUACUGCUUUUUUUUGGGUUGUAAGAUAUGCCUUUCCGGAGAAGACCCGAUACGAAAACGGUGACGUCACGACUGUACGUACCACUGGAUGA